AUGACAACAUCAAGUACCGCCUGGAUUGAAGCAUAUUUAGAUAAUAUUACAAAUAAUAGUGAUCUGCUAUCGCUUGUAAGUGACAACGAUGCACCAGUAAUACCUAGUUCAUGGAUAUUUUUUCUAAUGAAAUGGGCACUACGACUAUCGUGCAUAUCCAUCUUUAUUGUAUGUCCAUGGGCAAACUAUCAAUUGAUUGUAUUGUUUCGAACGCGUCGGUAUCAUAAAGAAUCUUCAGCUAAAUGGUAUGUAAUAUUCAAAGCAAUAUUCGAUAUAGGCUAUAUGCUUGUAUCAGUUCCAAUCAUAUUCUGCCUUACAUUUGAUAUUGAUGUAAUUCACAGAAAUUUUCUUACAUGUAAAUUAAUAACCUAUUCACAUUAUUUGUUCGAUGAUUUAAUAUCUAUGAUGCUGGCAUUAUUAUGCAUCGAUCGUAUGAUGCGCAUAACAUGUAGUUGCCGUUUUCGUCAACGUUUUGCAUUAACUGUUUGUAUAGUAACAGUUACAUUUUUUGCAAUUAUUAAUAUUCAUCAUAUCAUACGUUUACAACAUCGAAAUGGGUUUUGUCAUAAAUUAUAUUUAAGUAUUUGGGAUUAUGAUUUUGAUAUAUACUAUUCAUUGAUUUAUACAUCAAUAACAUGGGCAAUUAUAUUCAUUGCAUCAAUAAAUUUAACUGUCAGUGUUUAUUGUGAUCGAGAAAGACGUUUAAAAUUAUUAAAACAACAAAAACAGCAACGACAACAACAGCAAUAUUUGAGUAAAAUUUUAUUGAAUACUACUGAUUCAAUUCCAUUUGAUAAUGAUCGAGCUGAACUUAUUGAUAAUACAGAUGAUAUAGAAGAUGCAGCAGUAGUCACUAUUGAAGCAAAUCCUUUCGCAAAUGAAUCUUCAGAACAAGAACAACAAGAUAAUAUUGAUUUACAAAUUACUGUAUGUGUUUUAAUAGUAUCAGCUAUUUUUCUCGGUUGUAAUCUGCCGAAUUUUUUCAUAUUUAUUUGGAGAUAUAUUUAUAAUUCAAGUUUUUCUACGAUCGGUUAUAUAUUUGUUUAUAUGUCAAUUAUUCCAUUAAUAGUAGCAUAUACAGUAAAUUAUUUUAUUUUCAAUCAUCUAGCUGCAUAUCUUUUUCGUAAUAAUUCAUCAUGA